AUUUUGCAUUUUCAGGUAGGGGGCGUGCAAGCUCCCUACUUGCAUCGCUAUUGGCUCCUCAGCAUGUCAAUCGCCAGCCAGGACUCGAUAAUCAUCGAUGGAGCUGACAGGGGAGAGGUCUGUAUGUAAACAAUACAGAUCUCUCCCCUGUCAGCAGGAACAGGUUGCUUUGUAUUGCUAUGCACAGCAUAGCAAUACAAAGCAGCUUGUCUACAUAGUAAAACACACACAGCACACAGUUAACCCUUUGAUCUCCCCAAAUGUUAACCCUUCCUGCCCAGUGUCAUUAGUACAGUGGCAGUGCUUUUUAUUAGCAUUGAUCACUGUAUUGGUGUCACUGAAGAUGUCAGUGACAGUC